GCUCGUUACAAAAGUCGUCCUCAACGCAGCUCCUCUGUCCACGCCGCCGUGGCUGAAUUUGUCGAAACAUCAUUCAACUUGCUCCCUGCCGAAUAGUCGUACCAAAGAUCCAACCUCGACAGGCGACGGCGUGCCCGCCAGAAUCGUCAUUCAUAAUUCGACCCGCGCCUGGUCCCCGCAUAUCUAAAAUCGCUCACGAGCAAACGGAGCAUAUCCCUCGAACUACUGGCGACCCGUGAAGCCUUGGACGCACGUCGAGUCACCCAUACCUCGCUGCCUUAUUCGGUCGUCGAUUCUGCCGAGAGCCAAUGGAGCGAAGCUCGCCGCUAGUUUAACAGCGCGUGAACUGAAAGACUCUCUUGUCUUCAGCAACAUUUCUCCCACGAACCACUCGGAUCGCGCACCAUCAGCAUGAGAGAUCCCAACUCUGAUCCAGACAAGUCACACAAUGAGCAACAACGGCCCACACAACCACCCAGAUUCGGAGUCCUGGAGUACGAAGUUAGUGAUGAUGUCAAGAGGUGGGCGAGAAAGUACAAAACAGAGUUGGCUUCCAUGUCGUCGAGUGUGCUCUCGACCUUUGUAGCGUUCCCGCUCGACUUUGCUAAAACACGCAUGCAAUCCUACGAUACUCGUUUCCUUGCAACGGUCAAAGAUGCAUAUCAAGUCGAAGGCCUCCGUGGCUUCUGGAGAGGUGUGGGCACUCCUAUGGCCAGCGUCACCCUAGUUCGCACCAUUUCAUUCGGCCUCUACCAACGCUCCAAGCAUGCCAUUGAUCGCUACAUGACUCAGAUGACUGGUCAAUCACCUCUUGAUUUGGCGAAUCAGAGAGGGCAGUACCCUACUCUAUCCACCAUCGCCUGUUUUAGUAGUGCCGGAGCCACUGCGGGUGCCGCCAUAACUUUCAUCUCUUGUCCUUUCGAGCUCAUCAAGCUCAAUGCUCAACUCGCUGGCAAGAUGAAGAGAGAGGCGAAUCCCUCAGACCGGCCUCAACCUAUCAGCGAUCUUCGCACUGGUGCCUUCCGGACUGCUCAGCAACUUAUCCGAGACCGCGGCAUCCGUGGCUUGUACUGUGGCUAUCGGCUACAUCUUGUCCGCGACACUAUCGGUACCGCUAUAUAUUUCGGUACCUACGAGACCGUGAAACAGAUUCUUUCGAACGGUCGAGGCAACGAACCCGCCGAACCGGCAGCGGUCGCCCUUGCUGGAGCGACUUGUGGUAUCGUCAGUUGGGUGAUGAUUUAUCCUAUCGAUGUCGUAAAGACACAGUUCCAGAAACGCCAGCUGGAGACAGGACGUGCGCAAGUAACGCGUCCGAACAUCAAAUUCUUCCAACCUGGAUCCUACAGAGGUCUUGGAGUCAGUGUCAUGCGCUCCGCACUUAUCAACAUGAUCUUCUUCUCCUCAUUCGAGCAGAUCAAGAAGCGCAUUAGUAACACGGGAGAGGUAUAAUUGAGUUUCUGGGAAUGUACAUGUGUAGCGAGGCGUCGUCUGGGAGGGAUUAUUGAUUUACGCAUAAACGACUGCGCAUGAACCUGCAUGGAAGGAGUUUUGGCGGCGGCAUUUGGUACACAUUCUGGCUUCUCCAGAAGGGCGUUAUUCAGAGGACACGAGCUGUAUCGUGGCAGGGAAAUUGCUAGAUAUGAGAAAGCAUCACUAUCGCUGAAUGGUAGGCACUGCUCUCUUUUUCACAGAUGGAGAAAAUCAAAGACAAACUCAUCUCAAC